AUGAGGGCAAAAGAGCAGUGCUGCCUUGUUAACCUUAACAGAUGUGGAGGCGGGAACACGAAAACUCAGAGGGACCAAAAAACAGAAGUUAAGGAAUGCCCCAAGGGCUACCUGGUUGCCUUCACUCUGAAUGUGCAAGCCCCACAAGGGCCAGCUAAUGAUACAGCAGCCAACAGCAUCCAGUUCAGCUGUGGAGAUGGUGUUAUACUGGAGGGCGAGUCCCCCACCUUUGGUACUUACGGCCAGUGGAGCAAGCGCUGCACCGCUGGUGCCAUCUGUGGGAUCCAAACAAAGGUGGAGGCUCUAGCUCCAGGUGAUAGCACAGCACUUAAUCAUGUCAGGUUCUUCUGCUGUGACUGA